AAUGUUUUGCUCCAGCUCAUCCCAGCCUGGCGUGGGACAGGGAAGAGAAAUGGCUGCAGUGGAGUCAGUCCAGGGGUUGGUGACCUUCAAGGAGAUAGCUAUAUAUUUCACCAGGGAAGAGUGGGCUCUGCUGGACCCCACUCAGAGAGCCCUCUACUGGGAUGUCAUGCAGGAGAACUAUGAGACUGUGACCUCGCUGGGCCAGAAAAUAACAUCCAUGUUUCGCUGCAGAUUAUCUCGUCCUCCCAGGGACAAGGAAAUGGCUGCAAUGGAGCUGGCUCAGACUUGUGCAGUUUUUCUGGGUGACACCCCCAGACAUAUUGGCAUCAACAUUGCCUAGCAUGUUUGAUGGCCCAUUGAGGGUCAUCAGCUGUACAAUGAACCUAUGGACCAAGGGGAUACACCUAUUGAGUCAGCAAGACAUGCCGGGGUUUGCCUGUGUAAUGAAACCUCCAAAGCUUUUCCAUGCCAUGUGCUGUGAAGCUUGUGUUUGGGACACAGAAAGUACAAGCCACAUGGCAAAAGGAAUAUAAAGCGCAGCUGCAUCAUCUCCAUCUUGUCUUCAAUCCCCCUUCCUACCUCUGGAGCAACUUCUCUACAAACUGAACCCUGGAACAAAGGACUUAAUGACCCAUCCAAGCUGUGGAUGCGUUCCAGACAGACUUUCAAGCCAGCAAC